GAGGUUUCGGUUCAAGCGGAUCUGGUUCGAGGGAGGGAGGCCGAGACCCGCAGGGAUGCUGCCCAUCACAGAGCACCUGCUGCACCUCCUGGGACUGGAGAAGACGGCGUUCCGUUUGUAUGCCCUGUCCGGGCUCCUUCUCUCCCUGCUCUUCUUCUUCUUCCGUCUGCUGCUGCAGUUCUUGAGGCUCUGCUGGCACUUCUAUAUCACCUGCUGCCGACUGCGCUGCUUCCCCCAGCCGCCCCGGCGCAGCUGGCUGCUGGGCCACCUGGGCAUGUAUCUCCCGAAUGAGACAGGCCUCCAAGAUGAGAAGAAGGUGCUGGACAGCAUGCACCAUGUGAUCCUGGUGUGGAUAGGACCUGUCCUGCCACUGUUGGUUCUGGUGCACCCUGACUACAUCAAGCCCCUGGUGGGCGCCUCAGCUGCCGUUGCCCCCAAGGAUGACCUUUUCUAUGGCUUUCUGAAACCUUGGCUGGGAGAUGGGCUGUUGCUCAGCAAAGGGGACAAGUGGAGCCGGCACCGCCGCCUGCUGACACCUGCCUUCCACUUUGACAUACUGAAGCCCUACAUGAAGAUCUUCAACCAGUGCGCCGAUAUCAUGCAUGCUAAAUGGCAGCGCUUGGCAGAGGGCUCAGAAGUCUCCCUUGACAUGUUUGAGCAUGUCAGCCUCAUGACCCUGGACACUCUUCAGAAAUGUGUCUUCAGCUACAGCAGCAACUGCCAGGAGAAGAUGACUGAUUACAUCUCGGCCAUCAUUGAGCUGAGCGCACUGGUGGUCCGGCGUCAGUAUCGCCUGCAUCACCACAUUGACUUCAUCUAUUACCGUACAGCAGACGGACGGCGUUUCCGGCAGGCCUGUGACACCGUGCAUCACUUCACCACGGAGGUCAUCCAGGAGCGGCGGCGGGCGCUACACCAGCUGGGGGCUGAGGCCUGGCUUAAGGCCAAGCAGGGCAAGACCUUGGACUUCAUAGAUGUGCUGCUCCUGGCCAGGGAUGAAGAUGGGAAGGAACUGUCAGAUGAGGACAUCCGAGCUGAGGCAGACACCUUCAUGUUUGAAGGUCAUGACACGACAUCCAGCGGGCUCUCGUGGGUGCUGUUCAACUUGGCCAAGUACCCAGAGUACCAGGAGAAGUGCCGGGAAGAGAUCCAGGAAGUCAUGAAAGGUCGGGAGCUGGAGGAACUGGAGUGGGAUGACCUAACCCAGCUAUCCUUCACCACCCUGUGCAUCAAGGAGAGCCUCCGCCAGUUCCCACCUGUGACCCUGAUCUCCCGCCGCUGCACGGAGGACAUUAAGCUCCCAGAUGGGCGCAUCAUCCCCAAAGGAAUCAUCUGCCUAGUCAGCAUCUAUGGGACCCACCAUAACCCUACAGUGUGGCCUGACUCCAAGGUGUACAACCCCUAUCGCUUUGACCCGGACAACCCACAGCAGCGCUCCCCGCUGGCUUACAUGCCCUUCUCUGCAGGACCCAGGAACUGCAUCGGACAGAGCUUCGCCAUGGCUGAGAUGCGCGUGGCCGUGGCGCUGACGCUGCUGCGCUUCCGCCUGAGCGUGGACCGAACGCGCAAGGUGCGGCGGAAGCCCGAGCUCAUUCUGCGCACAGAGGAUGGCAUCUGGCUCAAGGUGGAGCCGCUGCCUCCGCGGGCCUGCGGGUCGGCGCGCCCCUGAGGAUCCCCGGGGGCCCAAGCCCCGCCCAGAGAGGCCCAGAUUCCGCCCCCGAGGGCCCAGGCCCCGCCCUCAAGAUCCUGAGGGCAUAGACCACGCCCGUCGAAGUCCAGGCUCAUUAAGCAGCCUGGUGGCGCAGGUCACACCCACUUAAGGCAAGGCUCCGCCCCUGGAGGGUCUGAUCCCGCCCCCUGAGGUCCAGGUCCCGACCGCUGAAUGCCAGUUUCUGCCCUCUUGUUUCAAGGACCAGGAUUGGCCACUCCCCUCGGGUUUAGGCCCCGCCCCAGCAUCCUUCGGAUUCAGGCCUUCAGGCUCCGCCCAUUGAGCCUUCCAAGGACCUAAGACCUGACACCUAAGGCCUCCGGGAUACAAGCCCAGUCUACUUCAGAUCCCGGCUGGCUUUUAAACUGAGGAUUUGAGAACUGGAGCCUGAGAUCAGAACCUUGAACCGAACAUCACCUUCUUGAGGCCCCCAGCUCAUGUGGAUGAACUCCUCAGGAAUUGGGUUGCACCCCAGGGCCCACGCUGUUUGUUGUUGAUUUGUAAACCCAGACUCUCCCUUUCAAGCUUCUUCCUUCCUCCCUUGCUCAAAGGCCCUUUGCUGAGUGUCCUGAUUUUUGCAGAAUAAAAGCAAGGGAUGCAGACAUCCCCCAUCAUCCAUCCCCUAGCCAGGUCAGAUCCUUACACCUGGAUUCCAGCAAGGAAAUGAGGGGUCCUGGACAGUUGGGAAGCUGUGGGCUAGGAGGCUGGGAAGCCAUUUGUCUUCGGACAUAAAC